AAACCAGACAGUACACUGCUCUGCGUCUGUCUACUUACUUUUUUGCUAUGUUGAAAUUGUUUUCCUCGCAAACACUGAAAACAGAAGUUUUUUAGCCAUGCUCGAGAAUUUUUUUAUCUGUCUUGGCGGCGUUUGAAGCACAAUCUCACUUUUGAUUUAUGAGUAUAAUCUCCUUUGUGUGCCUCUUGCAGAAUGUCAUCAGCAGUAGGAAUUCGCUGUUCUGCACUGCUGGCGAAGCUAAUCCGUAUCCAUGCCGCUUCGAACCCACUGCGCACAUAUAGUGUACUGCGCGCGCCUGUCCAGCGUCGGGCGCCUGUUGCGAGCCGUUUCCUGGCAGCACGUGCCGCUCCUGCCUUAGCUGAGGAGCCGAAUGCUGCUACGAAUGCACCGGCGGCGAAGACCGCCCGAAGCACCCCUGCCGCUGCUGGUCGCAGCCACACGGACCGCGGGCGAGCGAGCGGUGAUGCAAGAACCGCGGACUUUGAGAAGAGCCUGGCGAAAUUGGAUAUGGAUGUCAAACGCACGGGGCGUGUCAGCCUAGCGGAUUUCACAGCGUGUUAUGAGAUUCUCAAAAAAGCUGAAAGUAUUUCAAGUCAAACUGCACUGCUGAUGAUCCGCUGCUGCGGAAGUCUCCUGUCCGAUUUGAAACCGGUGGACCGCAUCAAGCUGACCACGGAACUGUGGGACCGGUUGGUAGCGAGUCAGACCCGGCUGGACAUCAGCCACUACAAUGCCCUGCUCAAAGUUCACCUGGAGAACAACUACCACUUCGACCCUACCGCCUUCCUGGCGUUGUUGGAGCAGAACAAAAUUGCCCCCAAUCGUGUCACCUACCAGCGUCUGGCCGCCUUUUACUGCCAGCAGGGCGACAUGGACGGUACCACCAAGAUCCUGGAGUUCAUGCGUGCACAAGAUAUCCCCAUCAACGAGACUGUCUUUAACGUCCUGAUCCAGGGCUAUGCACGCGCCAACGACAUGACCAGUGCCGUGGGUGUCCUGGAUAUGAUGCGCAAUUCCCAGCUGGAACCCAGCACGACCACUUAUCGCACCCUGCUAGAGGCAUACGCUGAGAAGGGCGACAUGGAGAAUGUGAGGAAGGUCCUGGCGGAUGUGGAGAAACGCGGGAUAGAGUUGAGUGAUGCGGAUUUCCUGGAUGUGGUGUGUGCUUUGGCUAGUAAGGGGCAUACGCAGCAUGCCGGUGAGUUGUUCGCCCGUCUGCGCCGUCACCCCGGUUUCUUCCACGAUGCCCUGGACUGUUCUCUGCGUCUGUUAGACUACGACGCCUCCGAUCUGGCAUACCAAGUGAUCGGAAUGCUGCAGCUGAACAAAAAUGUGGCCGAUCGCUCCGGAUUUGGGAUUAGUUUUCUCAAGAAGCUAAUCCGUUACGGGCAUCCCGUGGAGGAGAUCUGGCACUACGCUUCCGAUAUGCGCCAGACCGGGGCCAAUCCAUGGGCCGUGGAGCGGGCCUGUGAAAUCAGUCUGCAAUUGGGCCGGUUUGAUUACCUCAAAGAGUUCUUCCGCAAGAUGGCACAGAAUGGCAUACCGGUGCGGUCGCAUUAUUUCUGGCCAUUGUUCAGCGCCUGUCGACGAGAUGGUAACACCAAAGAGGUCUGGGAGAUCAUGGGUUUGAUGCACGAGGUGGGCGUUAACCUGACACUGGACACGCUGACGGAUUAUGCGCUGCCAGCACUGGGUAAUAUGCCAUCGGAUGAGAUCAUCGCUGAAACGCGCAGCCGCUUUCCGGCGAUGUCCAUCGUCAAUCCCCUGUUGGUGUACCACCUGGACAGUGGGAAUAUUAAGGAGGCCACGCGCUUAUUAGACGGCCACGAUAUCCACAUUAAUCCGUCUGUCAUGAUGAAGCCCCUGGCGGAGGCAUAUGUGAAGGGCGGGGAUUAUGGCGCCGUGGAGGGGUUACUGCGACAUAUUGCGCAGCAACGGUCUGUUGACGCAUACGAUUAUGUGGGACAGUUCCUCAUGAACGUCGUGCAGUUGACCAAAGGGGACGAAGCUGCGAUGGCCAACGUGUUGAAGAAACUGGCCGGGAGUGGGUUCACGGUAUCGUCGGCGGUGCUUAACAGUAUUGAUGACCAGUUUGGCGGGAGGGUGCCGGAACAGGUAGGGGCGCUGUUGGAUCGUUUGGUUAACCGACAGACGAAUUUGCGGUUGGAUACGGAAGGAGAUUACGGGAAGCAUCCGCGGCAUAUGGGCAUCGAGGAAUUGGAGGAUCAUCUGAAGGAGCUGAAGAGCAAGAAUAUGAACACUAGAGGUGUUUUGCGUCGUCUGCUGGUUGAGCAUGCUCGUGAGCGCGAUGUGAAGCGGGCUGAAGAGAUCCGCGCUGAACUGGAAGCGGGCAAUUUUGUUUAUUCCGGUGCCAUGCAUGCCCAGCUUAUCGACAUGUACACCGCCACCGGCGACGUGGAUAAAGCCAUGGCCAUCCACCAAGCACUGGAACAAAUGGACAGCCAGUUCGUCAUUGAUUCCUACAAGAUCUUCAAUCUGGCGGCCUUGCUGGUGGGAAAAGAUCGCGCCCCAGAAGCCAUCCAGCUGCUGGAGCAAUACAUCCAGAAACGGGGUAAACCGUUGGAGCUCGAUUCAUUGGAGCGCAACAUUUUCCGUCUGUUGAAUGCUGCGGCAGAAAAAGGCAAUCUGGAGGUGGUGCGGAAUUUGUGGGAUUUGCUGCCGAAGAUGGGGAAUAUGGUACCAACGAAUCAGUUGUGCGGACCACUAGUCAAAGUGCAUCUGGUGAAGAACGAUCUCUCCGGUGCCAUUAACGCGUUCGAAGAAUGCACGACUCGGCACAAGGUGACGCCUUGGAAAAAUGAGUUGAUGCGCAAAUUGAUCGAGGCAGAAGAUCCGAAGACACUCCAGCAGGUUAUGGACGCCACUAUCAAAGUCCAUGGCGAAACCAAUGCGCUGUACGAUCUGGCCUUUUCUUUCAUCGAAGCCGGGCGGGUGAAACAAGCGCAGAAGAUCUUCGACACUCCCGGCCUGCGAGCGCGUCAUGAUCGUCUGGAGGCGUUUGCGGAGCGCUGCAUGGAUAACAAUCGUCUGCCGGAAUUGGAGGGGCUCAUCGGUGCCACGCGCGACAUCUUUGACAUUGAUCGCGAUGCACUUUAUUACCAUCUGAUCAGGCUGUACGGAAAGAACGACCAACCGGACAAAGCAUUAGCGAUGUGGACCAGUAUGCAGGAGGAGAAUGUGCUAGCCUCGGGAAAGACACUCCGCGCACUGGCCGAAAUCCUUCGGCAGCACAAUCGGGAGAUACCCUUCGAUGUCCCGGAGGAUGUAACUGAUCGGGAAUCUGCCAUGCCGCCAGAGGAACAGAACCUGCUGCAGUGUAUCCGAGAGGAUAAUCUGGAUGAGGCGAUGGAAUGUAAACGGCGGAUGGGCGGCAAGGGUCAGGCGUUGUCCGUAAAAGGUUAUUCGUACCUGAUUGAAGGACUGCUGCAAAAAGAAAGAAUACGAGAAGCCGUCAAAAUGACAUAUGAGUUGCUGGAAAACAAUCAGCAUCCCUACCCGGCUGUUUCUCGUUUCCUGGUGUCUAAACUGAGUCGUAGUGGCGACGUUGCCCAACUGGAAGAACUGCUGCAAGCCUUUCCGGAGCGCAUCGCGAGCUAUCUGCAGUUGAAUAAGCAUAUGUUUUCAGCAUACGUCCACGCCAACCGUGUGGACGAAAUCCUGGACCGUUAUGAAAAAAUGGAGCCCACCGAGUACCGUCUUCCCAUCACCGGUCUCAUGGCUCUCCUGCAAAAAUACCCCAACUAUCUGCCGCGCAUCGAAGCCCUGACGGAGCGUUGUGCCCAAGCGGGAAUGCUGCACCCGGCAAUAGCUGUGUGGAAUUACCUAUUUACGGAACGCCGUUUCGAUGAUGCCAAAAAACUGAUGGACCGGUAUCCGGAUUUGAGUGUGCGUCUGCGCACCCUGCCCAUUUGUGAGCGGGCCCAAGAGACCAACGAUCCCGAGCUACUGCGCCAGCUUAUUGUCACGCUGCGCGAUCACAGUCGGUCCAAUGUGGCGCUGGCCUACAGCUACCUUAUCGGACUGAACUGUCAUAAUCGCGAUUACAAGGCGGCGCUCGCCGUGCUGCAGGAAGCACAGGAGCAGGCCGGAAUGGUCCUGCAGGAAAUACGGCUGCCGGCGUUGCGGAUGCUGGAACGCGGAUUGAUCCAAAUGGGACAGCCGGUGCCAUUCAGAAUACCAGAACAUCCGCGCACCACCCAACAAGAGCGCCAAAUGCAGCAAGAUAUAAUGCCAGAUGAGGCCGAUAGCGACGACAUAAAGGAGCGGAAGUCGUUCCAGAAUUAGACGUGGAAAAUGUGUGUCGCGUCGUGAGUUAAUUUUGUAGCAGUUGGUUGAUUCGGUUGUUCAUUUUCUGUACUUAGCUGCGGUGUACUGUAUGCGUACGCUUCGUGUGUUAAUUAACGAGGUUGAUAUCGUAUUUGAUCUACAUUUUGUGUGGUGCGCCAAACACUUGUUGAUAAGACGGCUGCCAAUAAAAUCGUUUGUGUAA